AUGGAACAGGUAUGGUUACUGCUCCUGCUGACGAUUAAAGUGCUUUCAGUGACUGCUCAGUUCAAUGGAUACAACUGUGAUGCUAACCUCCAUAGCAGGUUUCCUGCUGAACGAGAUAUCAAUGUUUUCUGUGGAGUGCAGACAAUUACUAUGAAGAUAAAUUUUUGCACAGUUCUUUUCUCUGGUUAUUCUGAGACAGAUCUGGCACUGAAUGGGAAACAUGGGGAUGCCCACUGCAGGGGUUUCAUCAAUAACAACACCUUUCCAGCAGUGGUCAUUUUCAUCAUCAAUCUGAGUACUUUGGAAUCCUGUGGAAACACUUUAGUGGUAUCCUCAGCUCGAGGUAUCAAUGCUUAUGGAAAUACCUCAGUGGUACAGAUAGGUAAUGUUUCAGGCUAUAUUGAUACGCCAGACCCACCAACGAUUAUCAGCUAUUUGCCUGGGCUUCUGUACAAAUUUAGCUGUAGCUAUCCACUGGAGUACUUGGUUAACAAUACCCAGCUUGCUUCGUCAUCAGCUGCUAUUUCUGUAAGAGAGAACAAUGGUACAUUUAUCAGCACUUUGAAUUUGUUGCUUUACAACGAUUCAACCUACAGCCAGCAGCUCCUUAUUCCAAGUACAGGUUUACCUUUGAAAACCAAAAUAUAUGCAGCUGUAAAAGCAACCAACCUUGAUGGCAGGUGGAAUGUUUUGAUGGACUACUGUUACACCACACCAUCUGGUAAUCCUAGCGAUGAUCUUCGAUAUGAUCUUUUUUUCAGCUGUGACAAGGACCCGCAAACAACUAUAAUUGAAAAUGGCAAGAGCCAAAUGGGCCGGUUUUCAUUUGAGGUGUUUCGCUUUGUGAAGCACAAGAACCAGAAGAUGUCUACGGUCUUCCUUCACUGCGUGACAAAGCUGUGCAGAGCAGAUGACUGUCCCUUUCUUGUGCCAAUUUGCAGUAACAGAGAAAGAAGAGACGCUGGUGGGAGGACAACUUGGAGCCCUCAGAGCACCUCUGGCAAUGCUGUAAUCUCUGCUGGCCCCAUCAUUACGAGAAGUGAUGAGAUGCCAACCAACAAUUCACAGCUUGCUCAUCCAAACGGACCUCCUUUCCAGCUGAACUCAGUCACCAGCGCACUGAUUUCAGGCAUUGUCAUCCUAGGAAUCACAAGCAUUUUCUUUUUUGUGUGUUCCCUAACUCUUCUGCACAGAAAAUGGCCCAACAGUUCAGUCUUGAGUGGCAUCCGAAACCCAGUUUUCAACUGA